AUGCACAGACGCUCGUCUGGCUCCCCUGUCGAGGACGACGCUGAAGACUCGCCUCUGGUUUCGCGAUCCCCUACAGAAUCAACGGCACAUGCCCCUAACAAUAAUGCCUUCGAGACGGCCGAAAAGUCGCGCUCGCAGAUAGCGAAAAGAGGUACGAGUUUCGAUCUCCGACGAGACAACGGCGCCUCGACUCCUCGCUCACGGAACUCGGGUCUGUGGAGGACGCCGUCGUCCUCGUCGACAACGACCAUGGCCGCCGCGUCUACGGAUACAAAACCCUCCUCGACAUCCUUCCUGAUGCCAUUGGCCUCCCAGCGACUUCCCAUGGAGGCUUCUCCUGAGAGUUCGCGGUUUCGGUCCUCCCGACUUCGCAGCCCGUGGACUUGCUCGAUACUGACGGCCCUCACAACCCUUGUCGCAUCCGUGUUCCUCUUCUUUAUCGUCCGCUCAUUCUCGGCCAGUCAGGCCGGCGAAGAUGGAUGUGGGAUACCCGUGAUGAGCCCGACGUUUCUCCAUAUGGUGGGCUUCGAUACCGAACAUACGCGCUUCGCGAGCAAAUACAAUCUCUAUCUUUACCGGGAGGAGGCUGCACUGCUAACAAGCCCAACGUUGGACGGAGCUCCCGUUCUGUUCUUACCCGGAAAUGCCGGUAGCUAUAGACAAGUCCGAUCACUUGCCGCCGAAGCAUCGAGGCACUUUCACGAUGUCGUCCGUCACGACCAAGAGCGCAUCAAAGCCGGUACCCGGAGCUUGGAUUUCUUCAUGAUCGACUUCAACGAGGAUAUGGCUGCGUUCCACGGCCAAACACUCCUUGACCAGGCGGAAUACGUGAACGAGGCUAUUGCAUACAUUCUCUCCCUCUACCACGACCCCAAGCGAUCGCGAAGGGACCCCGAACUCCCCGAUCCCAGCUCCGUGAUUCUCAUCGGACACUCGAUGGGUGGCAUCGUCGCCCGUACCGCAUUGACCAUGUCCAACUACCAGGCCAAUUCGGUCAAUACCAUCGUCACCAUGUCCGCACCUCAUGCCAAACCACCCGUCUCCUUCGAUUCGGACAUUGUUCACACCUACAAGCAAAUCAAUGACUACUGGCGGGAAGCAUACUCGCAAACGUGGGCCAACAACAACCCUCUGUGGCAUGUGACCCUCAUCUCCAUCGCUGGUGGCUCGCGCGACACCGUUGUCCCUUCCGACUACGCUAGUAUCUCGUCGCUGGUCCCCGAAACUCACGGCUUCACUGUCUUCACCUCUAGCAUUCCAGAUGUUUGGAUCGGCGUGGACCAUCUAUCUAUCACGUGGUGCGACCAGUUCCGCAAGGCGAUCAUCAAGUCACUUUUUGAUAUUGUAGACGUUCGGCGUGCAAGCCAGACUAAACCGAGAGCUGAGAGAAUGCGGAUAUUCAAGAAAUGGUACCUCACAGGCUUGGAGUCGGUCGCCGAGAGAACUCUACCUCAGAAGGAACCGAACACGCUUCUGACCCUCGAAGACCAAAGCAAUUCGAUCCUCCCGCAAGGCCGAAGACUCAUCCUGCGCGAAUUGGGCCACCGCUCGGGUCCAAAGGUAUAUCUCUUGCCCGUCCCUCCGCAAGGAGUAUCAGGCAAGAAAUUCACUCUUCUCACCGACCAAAAAUUUGAUAAGACUGGAGAGCAUGGCAAUCUGGAGGUUCUCUUCUGCAGCGUUUUCCCUCUUCAGAAUGGCAAAUUCGCAACUGUUUUCUCGAUGAAUAUGGACUUUUCUGGGGGCAGCACGGGUUCGACGCGUCUCGCUUGUAAGAAUGCGGCUGAGGAUGGUAUUCACCUGCCGGCAUCGACACCAGCUUCCAAGUAUCCCUUUGACCGUGUCCAGCCUUUCUCAUAUCUGCAGUAUGAUUUGGAGGAUCUUUCAGAGCACCAAUUCGUUGCUAUUGUGGACAAAGCCGAUAGUCCCACCAGAGGUUGGGUUCUGGCAGAAUUUUCGGACAGUUCCGAUGCUGUGAUCAGGGUUCGCGGCGGCCUUGGUGGUCUGCUAAGUGCCGGGCUGAAGAUGAGACUGCCCGCAAAUCGUCCAAUGCUCACCGAAAUCAAAAUUCCAGCUCUGCAUUCCAGUUUGCUGGAUUACAAACUCCAAAUUGUAAGACACAAUCAUGACAAGCGACAAGAGCUCUUCGCCCCUCUACUGCGACAGUCGAUAUCCGACCCGCACGAGUCGAAAUUCUUCGUCAAUGUGGACAAGGUCGAUGUGAAUCUCCACGGAGUAGCACCUUUCAUGCCUCCGCCCCUCCGCGAACAAGCAACUCUCGGCGGUGUAUCCUUUCAGCUGUGGACGGAUCCCAGCUGUGGUUCCACUGUCGACGUUUCGCUCAGAGUGGACAUUGCUGGCAGUCUGGGAGAGCUUGUGAUGCGCUAUCGGACCGUCUUUGCUGCAUUUCCCCUACUUGUUGUCGCUCUUGUCCUCCGCAAACAAUUUCAGAUGUAUGACGAGACUGGCUAUUUCAUCACAUUCGCCGAAGGUCUAGACAGUGCUCUGCGGUCAUCGUUUCCAAUGCUGUUGCUUGCUAUGUCCCUGCUGGCAUCUUCCUUGGCCACGUCGACGCGCCUCCCACCCAGCGACGAACCGUUCCAGUGGCGAGUUAAUGCCACCGAGACCCCGAUUGACUUUACCAAAAACGAUUUGCUCUUGGGAUCGCAGGAUGCGUUCUUCUGGUUUUUGGUGCCUGUCUUUGGCUUGAUCAGUGCCGGUGUCUGUGUUAUUCUCAACUACGUCGCACUCAUCCUUUUGUCUGUGCUUUCUUUCAUCUAUGGGUACCUGAAAAGCAAAUCAGGCUACAUUAAACGCAACGAGAAGGGAACACCCAUCUUCAGCGCUCCGACGGCAAGACGCAGGUUGAUCAACACCGCCAUUCUGUUGGUUCUCGUGUCAACCUUGAUUCCCUAUCAGUUCGCCUACAUGGUGGCGUGCAUUGUUCAACUCGCAACGUGUGUGCGGGCACAAUGGCAUGCCAAGGAAACGAGGUCCACUGCGCAUUACAACUUCUCUAAUUAUGCCCACUCGAUCUUCAUUCUCAUGCUCUGGAUCUUACCGAUCAACAUUCUCGUCCUCUUGGUCUGGGCUCACAAUCUUAUUGUCCACUGGUUCAUGCCAUUCUCGUCACACCAUAAUGUCUUGUCCAUCAUGCCUUUCAUCCUCCUUGUGGAGACCAUGACCAGCGGGGCCAUGAUCCCCAGAGUCACCACAAGGUUAAAACAUGUCACAUCUAUGAUCCUCUUUGCAAUUGCCGUCUACUCGGCAGUCUAUGGCGUGUCAUACGCCUACCUUCUCCAUCACCUCGCUAAUAUCCUUGCUGCCUGGUUCGUGGUCCUCUACUUCUUCAGCAGCGGCUUCUCCCUCCGACGACUUUGGUGCAUUCUCGAAGGCGAUGAUGCCACACACGGCAUGUCCGAGCCAGGCGGAAGCCAUCAGAAAAAGAAGCCAUGA